UCUUUGUUUCUCAUUCUCUGCCUCUCGUUCAUGAGAGCAAGAACAAACCAACAAGGAAAAAAAGAAACACGAAAAUCAGUUAGAAAAACCAAUCUCAAGAAUCAAUCAAACCGCCAGUUUUGACCUCAGAAACUUCAUCUUAUAUUCCAUUCGUCUUUGCCGACAAGACACAAAAUUUCUCCCUUGAAUCUGCAGUUUCUCAUCUUAUAAUCUCUGAUUAAUCUUCCCCUUAUUCGAGAAUAUUUGAUUUGGAUUGAUACACGGAUCGGGUGGAUUCCUCUCGAUUGCUUUAAAUGUGAGAAUAGUUGUUGGAUUGAAUUGGUGACUCCCCCAGGUCAUCAAAAGAAUCUUUCUUCCUUCCCCUGUUUUUCUCAAUUGUAAGUUGUUUGUGGAUUUUGGGAUGCCUCUCUUACGGAAAAGCGACUCGAUCCUAAUCCGGGAGGUGUGGAACGACAAUCUUGAGGAGGAAUUUGAAUUGAUACGUAAGAUUGUGGACGACUAUCCUUAUGUUGCCAUGGACACCGAGUUCCCCGGCAUAGUUCUUCGUCCUGUAGGCAACUUCAAGAACAGCUAUGACUACCAUUACCAGACAUUGAAGGACAAUGUGGAUUUGCUCAAGUUGAUUCAGCUGGGACUUACGUUUUCGGACGAGGAAGGUAAUCUGCCGACCUGUGGGACUGACCAGCGGUGCAUUUGGCAGUUUAAUUUCCGAGAGUUUGAUCUGAAUGAGGAUGUUUUUGCUAAUGAUUCGAUCGAGCUGUUGCGCCAGAGCGGCAUUGAUUUCAAGAAGAACAUUGAGAAGGGUAUUGAUGCAAAGCUGUUUGGGGAGCUGUUGAUGUCGUCGGGGAUUGUGUUGAAUGAUAACGUGCAUUGGGUUACUUUCCACAGCGGGUAUGAUUUUGGCUACUUGCUUAAGGUUUUGACUUGCCAGAAUUUGCCUGAUACGCAAGUGGGGUUCUUUAACUUGAUCAGUACUUACUUUCCAACGAUAUAUGAUAUCAAGCAUUUGAUGAAGUUUUGCAAUAGCCUACAUGGUGGACUGAACAAGCUCGCCGAGUUGUUGGAAGUGGAGAGGAUUGGCAUUUGUCACCAGGCAGGAUCUGAUAGUUUGCUCACAUCUUGUGCAUUCAGAAAAUUGAAAGAGAGUUUCUUUAGUGGUUCUUUGGAGAAGUAUGCUGGUGUCUUGUAUGGUUUAGGUGUUGAGAAUGGACAGAGCACUCAUUAAACAAGAGAUAGUAGGAAACGAAGAAAAUUUUAGAAGCCUGUUACAUAACUGUAUGUCUGUGCAUGAAAUCUUCAUGUACUUUUUCUGGCAGCAAGUUAAUUGAUGAAUACAAUAUAUUUUUU